AUGGGUGAUGAUUCCAAAGUCGUGGUGAGUGCUAGUGCGUCUACAACAAAAGAGGAACGUCCCUCGUGUGAUUACUCUACCUCGGUUACUUUUGACAAAUUGAAUGGCUCCAAUUAUGCCUCUUGGUAUCGUGGCGCGCGUAUUACAAUUACUAGUCGUCGUAUGACAAGUUGGAUAAAUGGGAAGAAGCAUGCUCCGUCUUCAGAUGCCGCUGCCUAUGCCGAAUGGAAAGAAGAUAAUUGCCUAGUGCAGUCAUGGCUUCUCAAUUCCAUGACUAAGCCAGUUCGUGCCUUAUUUGAACAUGGUGAUACUGCUUUUGAUAUAUGGGAGGCCGCCCGGAAGACCUAUACUGUGACUCAGAAUAGUUCUUGGUUGUUUCAACUUCGACGACAAUCCAUACUUACAUGUCAGAAUGAUGAAUCUGUCAAAGUGUUCUAUGAAAAACUCCAUGCUGUCUGGCAGAAGAUUGAUUGUAUGCAUCCACAUGAGUUUAAGUGUGUUGAUGAUGGGGCUCAUCGUUUGAAAUAA